AUGUUUAAGAUUUUUAAAAAGAGCAAGAAAUAAAACAAAAGCAAAAGAGAAUCUUCACUAGAUAGCAUGAAGGAGUAAUUCGUAUAAUCCACUAAAGCCAAAAAUCUACCUCCCCGUUUUGCGGAGUAGCUAUUAUUUUUAGAAAUGGAAAUGGAGUAAGAAAUAGUGGAUCUAAACAGUGUUAAAAAGCUUUUAGAGUUAUAUGCAAAUGCAAUAGAGUAUUAUGAAUCAAUUAAAAGUGACAAAUAUUUUAUUUUUAAAAAUAAAACAUAAUCGCUUUUACUGAAACCUAACGUUUCUUCAGCCAUGAUUAGAGAAUAAAUGUAAAAUAGAUAAAAAUAAGAUAUGCUUAAAAACAAACAAGAAGACCAAUCAAAGAUGGCAAAGCAUGAAAACAACCAAAAAGUCAAGGAAGAAUAAAAUCUACCCAUAGCUCUUUAGCAACAGUAAAAAGAGCAUAAUUUAAAAGUUUAAUAUAUAAAUGCACAGGAUUCUUAAGAAAAUGCUAAGAUAUUGCUAUGCUAGCAUAAGUAGGAAUAAAAUUAUACUAAGAAUAUUAUAAAUGGAGAAAUAAAAAAUUAAACUAACGAAGUACUAAAGAGACUAGAACAAAGAAGGAAAUCAAAGCUGGAAAAAGUAGAGUAGUGUUCUUAAAUUGUUUAGAGAGAUAGAACUAUUUCUUUACAAAUAGACAAUAGCUUUGAUGAAAGAAAGAAACAAUUUGAAGAUUCAUCCAUUUAAAAAUAAAACAUCAAAUAAUUAAAUUAAUUACUUGACUAAUUAAGUCUCCAAAAAAAUGAACAAUCACCUUAGUCUUCUAAUUCAACAAAAGAGGAUUCUACAUCUUGCUCUUCUUAAAAUGAAAAAAAGCCAUCAGAAAUAGGUUCCUCAGGUAGUAACAUAUCCCCAAUUAAGGAAGAGAUUGACUUAAAUCAAUAUAAAAAAGCUGAUUUUUCUUCAAAUAAGAAAAAAGAUAAUUUAUCUAUGAAGAGGAAUAUAAAUGACUUAUACUAGACACCAAAUAAAGAAAACGAUAAGCAACUGAUAAAUAAAAUUAUUAUCAACGGCUUUAGUAAUAGCAGUAGUAACCAAGCCAAUCUAGACUCACCAGUAUUAAUCAAAAUGAAUUCUUAUGGUAAAAAUGCUGACCAAAAGUAAUUAAAUAUGAAAUGGAUGACAGCCUCAACCAACAAUUUCCAUAACGCUUUCUAAUUCAAUUGA